CAAGUGACGCCAUCUCGGAAGUCGCACUCCCAUGACGCAGAAUCAUGUGACAUCAUCUCUGUUUAUUUCUUACGAACAAAUGGAGCAUCGAUUGUGGAAGACACUUAGAGGCAAACAAAACGAAAGAACGAAGAGGAUAUCUCCAUUCUUAAUGCCAGUCAAGGAUUCAGGGAACAAGCAUUCGCGUGAUCAAACGGGGARUAUUCACGGUCGAAGUCAUCUUGUCGAUACAGGGUUAACAAAACAAUCUGUUAAUAAUUACAAYAGUUUUACGUCUCCGACAAAGUACACGAUUCCUCAGCAAACGAAGACUAGUAUUCAAAUGCACCGUARAACUUUAGAAACUCGAGUGCCGAUCAACUUGAAGACAGGCGGCGGGUCUUACAUGCCGAUUCACGAGCAAAAUAUCAUUUACGGGUCAACAGCAUUGUCUCCGAAGAAACCUAGGGACACAAAGAUAGACAACGCUUCCAGGAGUAAGAAGUUUAGCAAGAAAAUUGUGUUAAAAGAACCGAAARUUUUGUCACUGCCAAGAAUAACUUCUUCUUCUUCACAACGACAAAGAAGCAGAUCUAUCCAAGCAAAGAAAGAUGUGCAACAGUUUGCAACACACCUGAAUCUCAUAGAUGGACGUCGUAAAAGUCAAAGCUUUUACAAUACAGACUCSAACAAGGCACAGGCGUUAUCUAGUCAGCAAACUCAGGACAUACACUCUCAUUUUCACUUAGAAACAGAACUAACUUUACCAAAAAUUACAAUGGAUGAGGUCUUAAAAAGUUGGGAUGUACAUCCAACGAUUCCUUUGAGGAAGAGGUCAGCUGGGAAAUAUGAUCCAAUGGACUUUUUAAUCCGCCAAGAAAUGGAGAGCUCAACUUCUGCUGCUUGUAAUCUAYCUAAGCACAGUUACGAUGAACUAAAAUCUUGCAGGUAUCUGAGACUUGAUAAAAAGUCUGAGGAAGAGUUAUCGCACAAAAGAUGUUGUCCCUGUAAUUCGUGUGAACACGGACAAGGACUUAAAGAAUCGCCUUAUUUGAAUGCAUAGGGCCUUCUAGGACUACAAGGACUGAAAGAAUCGCCUUAUUUGAAUGCAUAGGGCCUUCUAGGACUACAAGGACUUAAAGAAUCGCCUUAUUUGAAUGCAUAGGGCCUUCUAGGACCGUCUAUACGUAUCAUAUCAAUCAUAUCCUUACCCUUGUACAAAAUAUUUAAAGCUGAUUUAUAGUAGAGUGCACGCACUUAAUCCGUGCAACUGUACAAAAUCUAAGUAGUACUAAUUUGUACUAAAAGUGGACCUGAAGCGAGACGGUAUCUAGAAUGCUUCAUUUGUAUCAAUUCAAUUUAAUUUGCGUACCGCAUGCACGAUUUACUAAAUACAACUAAAUAGAACUAUUUAGUUUGUACAGUUGCACGGAUUAUGUGCGAUCACUCUAUAUCAUUGCCAUUGUUAUUAUAAACAUACAAUAUUUGAUUUA